CAACAUGCAACUCAAACUCAAUGAGCUACGCAGGAGAUCGACAUCGAAUAUCCUGUCCAGAAAGCUUAAUCCCAGCCACAUAUUAUUAGCCUCCCCCACACUCCCCUCCCAGCGCACAGACAAACCUGUGUGGCUGGAGUUAAACCUUCCCGCCAAGCCAUAAAUGAGGGGCAGCACCCAGGCACACCAAGGCACGGCAAGGGAUGUCCCCUGAAGAGGGCGCCCUGAAGAAUGCCCGCAAUCUCACAAGAGACAUGGCCCGCGACGACAAGCCUCACCACACCACAUCUCGGUUGCCGACCUUCUCCCAAUUUGCUGAAAUAGACACAAACAAACGAGGCCCCGCAGCUUCAUUUCACGGCCCGUCGCCAGACUAAUUAACCUACCCUGAAAAACUAGGGGACAUCCGCUGCCAAAAUUAUCCAUCUUUUAGGGGAUAGGAGAGAGAGAUCCGCUGACGCAACUGGCCCCGAACGGACUGCUUACCUGUUCUCACGACCCGAGACUCCCGGACUUUUUGUUGAACAGCUUGGAAAGGAAAACCUACUUUGUACACGAACAACACUUGCUUGAGAGAGAAACAAUCCAGAAAUCAACAUUUGCCAAAAACAUGGCGUCCGUGACAUCGCUAGACGGCGACUUGCGCCGGUUGCGCCUGGAGAAGUACACGCCCGCCGCUGCGAACGAGGCAAAGCAAUGGAUAGAGAGUGUCAUCGGCGAGACCUUGCCCGGAAAAGACCUGCUCGAGGGACUCAAAGAUGGUGUUGCUUUGUGCAAACUCGUCAACCUCGCCAUCGGUCCUCCAGGAGUCAAGUUCAAGAAAUCCGCCAUGCCUUUUGUUCAGAUGGAAAACAUCUCCCACUUUCUCCGCGCCUGCCAAACACCACCUCUCAACCUCCAACAGCACGACAUGUUUCUGACUGUCGACCUCUACGAGCGAAAAGAUCCCGCCCAGGUCCUCCAGUGCCUUGGUGCUUUCAGCCGGGCGGCCAACGCUGCCAACCCAGACACCUUUCCCAACCCGAUCGGUCCCAAAGCCAAGAACCCGGCGCUGUUAAGUCCACAACCGACGGGUUACAAUACUCCUCCACUUAUACGUGGCCGGGGGAAUUCCAAUGCUAGCAAUGCCUCGUCUUCGGUGUAUGGCAGGGGAACGCCGUCAUUAUCGGCAUCGAGAACAGGGGGUGACGACGGACCAUGGGGCCGGGCCAAGUCCCCAACGAACGGUGCAACUUCUCCUGGUGUUAGUAGCUGGAGUAAGAAGGAGCACGAAGGCGCCACAUCUCCGGCCUGGAACAUCGCCCAGUAUGGCUACAUGGGCGGUGCCAACCAGAAUAACCUAGGGAUCGCCUUUGGUGGCAGGAGGCAGAUCACUAGUGCUGGUCCUGCAGUCCCAAGCUUGUACGAGAAGGAGAAGAAGAGAAAGGAGGAGGCCGAGAAGCUGAGGCUACAACAAGAAGAAGAGGAGCGCAAGAAGAAGGCGGAACUCGAAGCGGAAGAAGCACGGGCCAAGAAGGAAGAGGAGCGAAGGUGGGAAGAGGAGGCCAAGCGGAUCAGGGAAGAAGAGCGGAGGAAAAUUGAAGAGGAGAAAAGACGGUGGGAGGAGGAGGAACGGCAGUGGAAGAUGACAGAGGAAAAGAGGCGCAAAGAGGAGGCCGAAGCUGAAAGGCGGUUGCAGGAGGAACGUGCGAAGGCUCGACAGCAAAAGAGCGGGUCCGAGCUUCGUGGUCAGUACUUGAGCCAAUAUCAAGCGGGUCAGGAGUCAUCAGAUAAGGAACGCAUCAGACAGCUCGAAGAAGAGCUUGCAAAGGCACGAGAGAGGGAGGCCCAGUAUGAGCGGGAACGUCAGGGGCGGUCUCGCGGACAUGGGAACAGGGAUGCCAAGAAGGCGAGGUCUCGAUCUCGCAGCCGGCCUGCUGCUGCGGACAAGGUGAGCAGACAGGACUCGUGGAGUGUGAGGGAUGAGCAGAACUUUGCUUCAAAAUCGUGGCACCAUCACCAAAACGAGGUCGACAUUGAAGAGGAACCUCCGUUGAGCCCACCGCUUCCAUCACAGUCACCGAGACCACUCCCCGACCCGGCAAAUGUUAAGACCCAUCGCACGGGAGAGAAGUCGUCUUUGCCACCACCGACUUUGCCCAUCAGGAAGCAGCCCACUGGUGGUCAACCGCUUCCCAUCGCGAAGCAGCACACUGGUUCUCGCCCUCUUCCUGAUCCGACUACUUACUCCGCGACAACAUCCCCAGAAUCAACCCGACAACUCCCCACCCCUGGGUCGGCUGGUAGUAACAACCGCAGCCCGUUUGCAAAGCCAAUCAGCCCUCGCUCCUCCAAACAAACCACCAGCCCCUUUUCCCCUAAACCAACUACCACACCCUUCUCAACCAAACCGCCCACCAUCUCCCCCUUUACAUCCAAACCAACAACCCACUCCCCCUUUGUAUCCAAAUCCCCCUUUGCCAAACCCACCCCCCAACCCAACUCCCGCACCGACAGGUACCUCUCCUCCAACCCCGCCCCCCUCCAUUCCCCCCCUACUUCAACCUUUGUGAAAGAACUUGCCGGGACGGUAGACGAACAAGCAGAGGAGGAUCGCCGCCGUCAACAAGCCCAGAAACAGACAAAGGCUGCCGGGUGGGCUAGCAAGUCGCUCUUGGAAAGGGAGAUGGAGCUGGAGAGACAGAGACAAAAGGAGUGGGAAGAGAGCCAGAAGGAAACGGCCAAAGCGGUCAGGACGGCGGAUGGGGUGGAGGGGAUUGGAGGUGGGAUAGGUGGUAGGUGGGAUGUGGGACAGUGGAGUGGGUAUACGGGGGGUGAUGGGCAGAAUAAGGGCGGGCAGGGGAUUGGGGCCAAUAGGAGGCAGAUUGUGGGGCCUAGGCCGCUGCCGGGGAAUGGGGGGAGGUGA